AGACCCUGAGACCAUUACGAGGCGCGCACACGUGGAAGCUCGUGUUGUGCGCGGUGCCUUUUGCAGAACGAGUGUUGGUGGGGUCGUCAGUGACAGCAGAAGGCAGCAACAGCAGCAGCAGCACUUCCCCCAUUCUCUGUUACCCGUCGCUCCACCUCGCUUUAGACAUGACAACUCCCAAGAAGGUGUGCAUCGUGGGCUCGGGCAACUGGGGCUCGGCGAUUGCAAAGAUCGUGGGCGCCAAUGCAGCAGCGCUGCCCCAGUUCGACUCAAAGGUGCGCAUGUGGGUGUUCGAGGAGGAGGUGGGCGGACGCAAGCUGACUGAAAUCAUCAACACUGAGCACGAGAACGUCAAGUACCUGCCGGGACACAAGCUACCCGCCAACGUGGUCGCGGUGGCGGACGUGGUGGAGGCGGCUAACGGCGCAGACAUCUUGGUGUUCGUGGUGCCGCACCAGUUCAUCAAGCGCCUGUGCGACCAGAUCGCGGGCCACAUCGCGCCCGGCGCCAUCGGCAUCUCCCUCAUCAAGGGAGUCGACGAGGGUCCGGAGGGACUGAAGCUGAUCUCCAACAUCAUCCGGGAGAAGCUUGGCAUCGAUAUGAGCGUGCUGAUGGGGGCCAACAUCGCCAACGAGGUGGCCGACGAGAAGUUCUGCGAGACCACCAUCGGAAGCAAGAACCGCGCCAAUGGACUCCUGCUCAAGCAGCUGAUGCAGACGCUCAACUUCCGCAUCACGGUUGUGGAGGAGGCCGACACGGUGGAGCUCUGCGGAGCUCUCAAGAACAUCGUGGCGGUGGGCGCUGGCUUCUGCGACGGCCUGGGCUUUGGGGACAACACAAAGGCGGCCGUCAUCCGACUGGGCCUCAUGGAGAUGAUCGCCUUCGCCAAGCUCUUCUGCAGCGGCACCGUCACGUCAGCCACCUUCCUGGAAAGCUGCGGCGUUGCCGACCUCAUCACCACCUGCUACGGUGGUCGCAACCGCCGUGUGGCCGAGGCCUUCGUGGUCAAGGGCAAGAGUAUAGAGGAGCUGGAGAAGGAGAUGCUCAAUGGACAGAAGCUCCAGGGCCCACAGACCUCAGCGGAGGUGCACCGCAUCCUCAGCACCAAGGGGCUAGUGGACAAGUUCCCGCUGUUUACAGCCAUCUACCAGAUCUGCUACGAGGGCAAGCCUGUGAAAGAGUUCACCAAGUGCAUGCAGAGCCACCCCGAGCACAUGUGAGAAGACCUCGCGGCGCAGGAACCCAGCGUUCUCGCCCAGCCUGCACAGCGUCACACACAGCUCGCAACCGCACUUGCAUUGGCACGGACACACGCACGCAUUCACAAGUGCGUGUGUGCGCGCGUUCACAUGCGCGCGCAAAUUCUCGGGGCUGCUCACAAUGCUGUCUCAUGCCAGCAUGCCAAUCUGAGGAUGCAGUGGACAGUCCCACUUAUCAUCUCCCAAUGAACAUAAAGCAGAGGUCAAUCUCCACCACUGUCAAUUAAACACAAGCAGGCAACGAGACUUUUAACGGCUCAUUUCGUUGAUUGGAUUGGCAUGAAUAGAUGUGUACAGUGAAUACACAGCAGAGCAAUCGCAUUUCAACAUGCCACUUUUAAUUGCGUACUAAACAAGACAGAACCUUUGCGGAAAAUAAUUUGGUGCCAAUUUCAUGAAUGGCAUUUUACAACAUCCUGAUGCAUCACAAUUAGUUCAGGUGUAGCAUUUAUACAUGCACAGUAGUGUGGAUGCCCAGUGCCGACAUUUAAAAGUAAUGUAAUUGGACAUGUAAGCAGACAUCUGUGAAUGAAAUUCACAGCCCUUGGAUGUGAAUUUUCCUUGGAUAAUGCAUUUUGGUCAGGCUUUGUAAACAGUAUCGUUUGAAACACAAACUAACCAUCAGCAUGAAAGUGACGUUUAAGCCAGUUAAGGAAUUAAUUUCCAACGUUUCUCCAGUUUUUGUCUUGUUAAAUUAUGUAUAUACAUUCAUGUGUAGGGUGGCUUUCUAAAAAAAUGAUAUGUGCACCAAGUGUUAGGACUGAAACACUGUCAGAGAGCUGUAUCCAGGUGGUGUUUUGCCAACGUUAACAUUAACAAAUUUGCUGCUAAAUAUAAUUACAGUCAGAGGGCAUGGCUACAUUUAAAGGAGGCCUGCACACCAUCAGGCUGCCAGGGUCGUCUCUGCCCUCGCAAAUAUGGAACGUACCACUGAAGGUGCAUUGAAUAUAAAAUGCCAUACAGAACUAUUUAAAUAACAAGUGACCUCUGGCACACUCUGCCAAGAGGUUUAUUGCAAAUAAGAUUCAAAGGUUCUACUCAGAUUGUGUCGGGCAAAUCUGACCCCCACGUCGCAUUACAAUGUUGCCACUAACAGACAACCGCAGCUGCCUGUCGUUAUUAUGCAAAUUACUGUGUGCAAAAGCGAAAUUCUUUGUGCCCGACAGCCGAAUGCUUGAACUGUGAUUCGGAGGUUUGAUCGUAGCAAGAGUCGUAACGUGACUUGUGCUCGCUUCUUCCCUCGCUGGCACACCAUGCAGUGCGGGGGAGGGGGAAGGUCUUGGCCAGUGGCCAGGUUAUGGUCCUCCCACUCAGCCGUUGGGCCAUGUAGGGCUAUGGGGAUGAGCUCCUGCCCAGAGCUGUUCUGUACUUCGGAAAAAUCCAAAUGUCAACUCGAAGGCUCUCCCCCUGGUCUGGCUUUGGUGCUACAGUUGAAUGGCAGCGAUUUUCGUUGGGCACAGUGACUGACGGGGAGGGAAUUUCAAACCGCAGUUUUUUCCACAUGUUUUGAGAAGUGAAAAUGCCAUGUAAAAGUUUGAAUGCUACAAUGUUAAUGCGCAUUAAGGGCAUAUACAAUAUACAUGCGUGCAUUUUCCUAUACACAAAACAUUUCGGCAGAACCAUGGUGACAAUGGUUUAUAAUUUUAUCACUCUGGCCUAAGCUGACCGCUGUCCUGAAAAGUUUAACUUUCCACGUGGAGUGCCAGCCCGUGUUGAUGGACAGUGGACCUUUUCACGCGGGUGCGGAAGCGUGGACAGGCGAGUUGAGAUGAAGAAGACGCAAGCUCUGGAGAAUUGCGAUUUUUGUGCCAAGCGGCUGCAUGCUGCAGGGAAGGUGCUGAUGGUCUGCAUGACCACCGACCAGUCUUUAUUUGCUUAAACACGCACAACUCUUAAUGUAGGGUAUUGAAAAAUAAGAUAAUUUAAAAGUUGGCGCAAAUGCCCGAGUUGCUCAAUGUGGGCAUUCGGGUUAAUGGAGUGGGCCUCCCUUAUUUAAAUUUCACAAAAUGCUGAUGCAAUUUAGUGUUUGGGUCAUCGUGUAAACAGUUGAUUUGAAAUUAUUUUCUGUUUGCCUUGCCUCAAGUUGUGCAAUGCUGAUUAAAGCCUAUUUUAAACGA